CCAAUUAGUUACAUAUUUCUCUUUAUUUCCAACAUUCGCUCUACGGUUAAGCUAUUGUUUCAAUGGUAGGGGAGCUGAGGCGUGCCUGUAGCCAAUAAGAAAAUUCCAAAUACCGAUACAAACAUACGUCCCGAACAUUGCCGAUUCUUCAGUUUCACAAACUAAUUCGUCGUCUGGAUUCAAUUAUGGAAAAGUUUUUAAUACUGCAUAUCUUUUUUAUUAUGAAAAUUGUCCAAUUCAUAAUUUGAAUAUUAUUACAAACAUUUGGUAUAAAAGGCGUUUUUGUGAUCAUUCGAAUUUUAAGUUGUUAAUUAUCCGUAAAUAAAAUAAUAUAUGCCUCACCAGACUCAAACCCCACGAUGUUUGAUGACAAUAAAGAAAUAAUGAAAUAUGUAGCUCAUCAAUUUCAAAUAUUACCGCCACGUUUUGCGCAGACGCCAUUACAUAAAACGAUGGGAACGAACCUAACCUACGAAUUUGACAUGUGAAUGUUUGUGUUGAUCACUUAAACAUUUCAAGAUGAUCACGCCACGAUUUUCACUACAACAAACCGAAUCGACAUGCACAAUUAAGAUUCGGGCACCGUACGCAUGUCUUAGGGAACUGGAUGUAACAGUGGAGGAAAAUGUGUUUCUGUUUUUAUGCAAACCUUAUUAUUUACGAUUAACAUUGCCCGGAUGUUUGGUGGAGAACGAAAAUAUGAAGAGUUCCUUUGAUGCCGAUACAGGAGAGUUUACCUUCACCUACGAGAAGGUAAAUCAUGGCGAGGAGUUUAAGAAUUUGGACUUCAUAACAACAUUGCUGACGCCGAAGGUGGAAGUAACAGAAACAGAAGGUGCAAGGAAGAUCGAAGUGCUGGCUACUGAGGGACAAAAAGAAUUUGUUGUUGUGAAGAGCGAAGAUGGGGCACCGGGAUUUGGUUUUGCCAUGCUUGGGAACUAUAACUUUGGUAGUGUCAGUGCUGAGUUCCAAGAGGUGUUUGAGGUAGAUCCCAGAGAAGUUCCACUAGAGGAACGGCGCAAAAUGAGAUUGCAAUAUGAACAAGGUAAAUUCAAUGCUGAACACUAUUUGGCUGAUAUUCAUGAUGAUGCGGAGAUAAAGGAACUUAUGGAACUAACUCCUCCUUGGGCCAGUAAUGAUGGCCAUACAGAUGCAUUUUCAGAUAAAGAUCUGGACUUUAUGAAAGAUCUCACUAAUAUAGAAUAUGAAUUAACUGAUACACAAAGAAAAUAUUGUUACAAUGGCUUGAUAGACAUUUUGUUUGCAUAUUGCUACGAUUGCAGGUCAACAUAUUUUGAGGGUACAUCAGAGUCUAGCUGGACAAUUACAAAACUUGCAUCAACAUUUUGUUGGUUAGAUGGAUUUAAUGAACCAAAAGAUGUUUUAAUUUGUGCAUUUAGGAGAAGUUUAAUUUAUCCACUUUAUAGAAAUUUUGAAUUUAGCCAAAAAAUAUUUGAAGAUCUUAAGGGAAUUUUAAAAUUGGGCAAAAAGUGCAUUAUCAAAUGUUUAAUUCAACUUUACUACAUAUUUUUGAAAGGAGAAAUUGGCACUUAUGUGCUAAACAAUUUAUUCAUCAAAGACUACAUUAGAUACAUAAUGAAAUGGAAUGAUAAAGAAUGGGACAGUGUAGUGAAUAACAUAAUGGGAAUAGAAAUAAAGAAAAGUGAUUUAGGGUUAAACCUUGAGGAAAUAGAAAGGGGUUAUACCUUAUGCAAACACCUAGAAUCCUUGGAUUUGGGAGAUAAAGAUAGUGAUGAUGACAGUUCAGAAGAUUCUGAUUCUGAUUCAAAUAGUGAUGACAGUGAUAGUGAUUCAGACUCAAAUGAUGACUCUGACGACAGUUAAUUUGUGGCUUCCUAUGUUGGUACCUAUUAUAUAUUAAUAGGUAGAUUUAAAUUGUUAACAGAGUAAUUUUAUGUUUUCAAAGUAUUAAUUUAAAAAUUAUUUUUGUUUUUGUUAAAAAAUUAAAUAAAGUUUUCAACUAACCUA